GCCAACGACUGACCAGCACCACGAUGACGUCACCCAGCCUCCACGCCCGUCCACUGCAGCAUCACCAUUCUGCACCAUCCCGAACUACCGACCGCAUUACGAGUCCUCUACCGGUUGACCACGAGAAGAGACGACAGAUGGAAUGCCAACGCGUCCACACGCUGAGACUCAUGCUCGAGAAGGAACAACGAUACGUCGACGCCCUCCGGAGCGAACUCGCGAAGUCCAACGAACCGAAGCUCCACCAGGAAUUAACAGGGGCGGAGCGCAGAGUACGGACGCUACAGGACCAGUUGGUUACCCUCACAAUGCACGCCGAGCACGAGUAUUCCUUGUCCCUGCUUUCCCACUCUCCAUCUACACUGAGUACAAGUGGUAACAUUGACAACCAGGAGCCAGAGAUUCCACCGCCUUUACCUUCCCGGAAUCAUCCCGCGUUGUCCCCGAUUCAGACCCCCGGUGGUCCGCCUCCGCUACCCCCACGUCAGUACUGUCCUCACUUGCAUUGUACUGAAGGUGGUGAGUCUAUGGGCGUAGAGAAUCACCAUAACCUGCAUUUGUCAUCGACUAACCAUUACGCUGUGAAUCCACAAGUGUCGGCCCUUCACACACACCACAGAACUAAGUCUAGCCCAGAUCCACUCGGCAUCCAGAAUAUGUCUCUCGCAGAAGCGUCAAAAUGUUUGAUUGCAUCCGAAUCGAUGUCAGACCUGUCAUUUGGUCCGAGACGAAUGAAAGGAGGAAGCACCUGGGAUGUGGAUUCGCCAAGAGUUACGCCUCCGGGGACACCACCGCCUCCUUAUGGAGGAAGUAACGCAGCAAUUAGUGAAGGCUCAGAAACUGUUUCUCAGACGGAUGAGGAUUCCGCUACGCCCGACGAGCACGCUGGUGGUGACGCAGCGUCGCCAGAGGCAUCGCCUGUCAAGUCCAAUUGUGGUUCCUGUGUAAAUACGGCGACUGCGCAGCAGCAGUCGAUCAUCUCCAUGGAGGAAGACGAGAUGUCAGAUCAGGAAGUUGGCCAGUUGGAAGACCACGGACCGUUCAAAAGUCUUUCGAAGUUAUGGGAACAUAAUGCGCAUCUGGCAGUGUUCAUGAAUUAUGUUAUAUCUAACAGCGAUCCCUCCUUUUUGUUGUUUUAUUUGGUAACAGAUUUGUACAAAGAAGGGAACGCUAAGGAAAUGAAGAAAUGGGCGUAUGAAAUUCAUUCGAGCUUUCUUGUACCUGGAGCACCGUUGAGGCUGAACAACGUUGACGAGAAUGUUGCGAGGGAAAUUGAUGAUGUCUUGUUGAAGGAUUCGGAGAAGGAGGAAUUUCUCAGGAGGAUAUUUUUCAAAGCUCGUUAUAAGGCGAAGGAAGAACUGAAUGACCAACUGGCAGAUUUCCAGCAAAAGAGGACAGCUGGGCUUGGGACAAUAUUCGGGCCACCAGAGGCUCAACUCGAUGAAAGCAUACACGACAAGAAUAAGGAAAUGAAAAUCGUGGAGUCCAUUCUGGUACCUAAAAUGGAAGGUUAUCUGUAAGUAGGAGUUCAAAUGACUGAUGGAGCCGUCGAGCUUUUUUUUUUGUCGAAGGGUCUGGGUACGGUGAUGGGCAAAGUGUUUGGGCUGCGCAGUCCACAUUCCAGUGCCUUACUUGAUCGCUGCCCCACAUUUGUUUCCAAAGAUAAAUCCCUCAAGGCCAAACUUAUUGGGAAAACCAGAAAGGUGACGGUACGCGGUCAUCACUUCGUGGCACAUCAGUAUUAUACGGUUACGUACUGCAACCAUUGCCAGCUGAUAAUCUGGGGCAUUGGACCUCAGGGAUACCAGUGCUCAGACUGCGCGUUAAACAUCCACCGUCACUGCGUGAAGGUCGUGGAAGAGAACUGCCCGGGACCUCUCGUAAAGAAAGAAAAGGGGAAUGACCGAAUAAGUAAGCUGAUGGAGAAAAUUCGUCCUGAACGAGAAGCGAGAAGAAAGCCCAGCACGCACAACUUCAGUCAGAUCGAUCGAGUCAAGAAACAAUUGGAAGACGACUCCGGGGGUCUUACAGACAGCGAAGGCGGUUCAGGUGAGCGACCAUUGUCUGGGGGCCGCGUUUCGGUCGACAGGAGGCCUGACCCCGUCCGCGAGAGCGAGGAGCGGCCCCUGCCUGACGGCGGCCUCCACCAGGAGGAUGACGACUACCACCAAGAGAUUACCCAUCACAUAACCAAGAAGCCCUUAGCAUCCUCAAUCAAUCGCUCCGAAAGUUACAAGGAGCGCGCUCAUCAGAAGCGCCAGUUGAGGGAAAGGCGGAAAACGAGCGACCCGAACUUGUCGAAAACAAAUGACGUGGAUUUGGAUACCCAAGGUCUUUCAUACAACACAAACUCAGGAAGUUCAUCAAAUUCCAGUCUUUCUACGAGCGCCUAUUGCAGGAGCCUGGACAGUCCCAUCAACUCCUUGGAGAUGGUGACAGCCGCGCGAACACAAGAUGCUGUUACUGUAACGCCGACUCUCAACAACAGUGCUGCCGAGUGGGACAGCGACCUAGAAGCGGAACCAGACCCCGUGGAUUGGUCGAGGGGGGUCGACGAAGAAGUCCUUAAACAGCUCUCAGCGAGAGAAAAGAAGAGGCAGGAAGUCAUCAAUGAAUUAUUCCACACAGAACGGUCACACGUUCGUAACCUGAAAGUGAUAGACCAGGUGUUCUACCGACCGAUGCUGGACACCCAGAUUCUUCCUCCUGACCACAUCCAACUCCUGUUUUCGAAUCUGGAUGAGAUGCUGGACAUCCACAGCCGGUUCAACAACGGGAUGAAAGCUAUAAGACGCGACAGCCCCCUGGUGGGAGACGUAGCGGAACUGCUUCUUUCUAUGUUUGAUGGUCCCGCGGGCGAAAAUUUCCAGCGAGCGGCGGCAACGUUCUGUGCGCGACAACAGAUAGCUCUGGAAUUACUGAAGGAGCGGCGACGGAAAGAAGCAAAGCUGAACAACUUCCUGACCGAUGCCGAGGGCAAUUCUGUGUGUCGGAGGCUGCAACUCAAAGACAUUAUACCUACCGCCAUGCAGAGGCUUACCAAGUAUCCUCUGUUGUUCGAGAACCUAGCGAAGUACACGGAAGAAGACACGGAGGAGCUGAUAAGCGUGCUGCGAGCUGUGGAGCGCAGCAAAGAAAUCCUGAACCACGUUAACCAGGCCGUGAGGGAGGCCGAGGACAUUCAGAGGCUGACGGACAUCCAGAAGAGAUUAGACAAGUCGGGCUUCGAGAAAGUGGAACAUCCGAUGGCUUCCGAGUUCAAACACCUGGACCUGACGAAACACCGGUUGAUCCACGAGGGCUCGCUGAACUGGCGAAUCGGAAACCGGCAGAAGUUGAUAGACCUCCACGUGCUGCUGUUGGACGACGUGAUCAUCUUGCUCCAGAAGCAGGACGAGAAGUACGUCCUCAAGUUCUACAACAUGAACACUGCCAGCGGCGGCGGCGGCGAGAGGAGUCCCACGCUCAGCCCCGUCAUCAAAGUGUCGACAGUCCUAGUGAGGCCGAAUGCCGUAGAUAAGAAGGCCUUGUACCUCGUCAACACUUCCCAGAACGGCGCGCAGAUCUACGAUCUGGUAGCAACGUCUUCAUCGGAAAGGAAAACGUGGUUCCGGCAUAUCUCAGAGGCUGCCGAAGCGUACAAGACCCGGGACGGAAAGAAUCGUCGCCCCGAGUCAUCUGGACUCCAGGUGCCAACCCCUGAUAACGAGGCAUCUGAAAAUUCACAGGACAAAACCAAAGACUCUGAUGAGACCACCAGUGAAGCUGUGAAGGAGCCAAGUGACUUGUUGGUGCCACCUGGUGGCUGUAGUAGUGCUUCGCAAGAUGUUGAAUCAAGUCCUGUAUCCACAUCAACCAAUGAUAACGCUCCGUUACCCUCCAGUGAAUCGGCACCGACGACACCUCAGGCCUCCCCAUCUUCAGUACCUGGAGACAGUGGAGAAUCUCAUGCGAGGAGGAUGGGUGAUGGCCAGUUGUCCCCCUCCCCAGGGACCCAACGCCGCAGAGUGGAACCCCUACGCCUUACGACAGAGGAGAGUCCUCUCAUCCAACCCUCAGAGGUGGUGGUUUCCCAGCGUCCUGUGCUUACUGCAGAGCCUGUCCUCACGCCCAUAGAACAACUUCGUCGCAAGGAUGAAGCAAUCCGAUCGGCCCUGGCUGAGAAGCAACGGCUGGUUGCCGAUAUCCUUCACGUUCCUCGGGAAGAGUUUGAAAAUAUCGCUGAGUUGGCGGGGGAGCCCUCGGUUGAUAAAGAGGCAACAGAACUGGUGUUGGCAGCCGUCAGCCAAGCAAACCAGCUGACGUCAGUUUUGAAUGAUUCACUGAGAGUGUCUGAGGAAGAAGCCGUGAGUGCCACGUCAGAGGUAGUUCCAGGCAGUUCGCCUCGCGUGGGGAGGAGAGUAGAACGACUGCCGGGUGUCCCUGCCCACAAACUGCAGAGCAUUUCAACUGCUCUUAAUGCACACCUAACGCAAUUACUUAAAAUAAUUAAGGACCGCGAUGAGGAACGUGAACGAUUACGUCGGGAGCUGCAGAGAUCUCGGGAACAGCUUCACGUGAUGCAUGAAAGUCACCGCCGCAGCCAACUGAAUGCUUGCGUCAGCCCUUCACAUUCACGGCCCAACAGUCUCAUCUCGCAGGAGGGAUCAUGUGAACCUCACCAUGAUAGUGAUGACGACACAGUUCUGUCGACAGGUUUACACAGGUCUGCUCUAACAGGUGAACAUCAUGACGAGAUUGUGGGUGUGUGUGAUCUGGGUACAGACAAGCACUUGAUGUCAGAACAGCAUGACGACACAGGACCAGAUGUGUUUGUUGAUGCUCUGUCCGGUGAAGCAGAGAUCCAGCUGGAAGCUGAAUCUGAGUUAAUGACCAAAGCAGCUGAGGAUUUGGAGGCAGUUACCAAUGAUUCACUGACAGGGGAGUCCAAGGUUGAUGACAUUUGAAGAGGUGGCCCGUGGUCGAUGGGUCAUCUGCUCUUCCCUCACGUCAGUUUGGAAUGGGGCACGAUGUCCUGUUGCGUUGGUUAGAAAUGCAACGGUUCUCUCUAUCUCUGCCUUCCCACUUAGCAGGUCGAGUGCUAGUCGAAUGUCACGCAGCGUUUGUCAAAGGGACACAAAAGUUUUGAUAUUUCUGAAAGUGCGUGCUGUCACGUCCUUUGCGUAAUGAAGACUUUGCAGGGGAAUCGGAGACAUGGCAUAUGAAUUAGGAUGUGAUACUCCAGUAAAAUAAAUUGCAAGUCAUAUCCUUGUUUGGAAGAGUACUUUUCAAGGAGCAUAUAUAAAAUUAGUUUCAUGCGUUCGUCCUGUGACGUUGUGAAUAUAUUACACUGAGUCGCUAUAAAAUGUAAAUCUUCACUUCUGUACAGGCAUAGUUUUUUAAUGUCAAAUAUUUUCGAAUUACAGAAAAAAAAAUGUAUGAAAUGAACCUGCUGUACCAAAUUAGAAGCGGAAUUCUUUUUUAAUCUCUGUCUAGCUUGUUUCUUUUCUAUUCAGACUUUCUUCCGUGGAAUUUCUGUUGAAAAUUGUUUUUUAUUGGCUAAGAGGGAAAAAAAUCUUAUACAAGAAUGCGUGAAUGAAUCAUAGUGCAGAAGCUUAAUGUGUUAAAUGGAGAAGGUUUUCCCACUCGUCUAAAAUGCCUUUAAUUAGUGCCUAGCGGGAUAGCGAGAAGACUUACUCGGUGUCGUACUCUGUGUCUGCAAAGUGCAGCGCGCCAUAGUGUGCGUUAUAGAAAUGUUUUGCUGCUAACCUGUGCCGCAGGCCAAGUUCCACAAGAUCCCACGCAUUGCGAUGUGAUGGCUUCUGAAACACAUUGAAUAUUACCAGUCGCUGUUUAAUAUUUUAUUUUUCGUUAAGAUGUGUCAUUAUGUACUGCAACGUGUCGUGUAAAAGUACAGAACAUGCCAAUCAAGUUUUUUAUUUCAAAGGUUUUUGGAAGAGAGAAAAAAAUAUAUUUUUUAUUCAUAUUUUCAAAGAAGUUGAUUUGGGUUACACAAAUUGUGUCGAUAUUCAAAUAUAACGUGGAAUGUGUUCUGGAAUCAUGGGUUAGCGUGUUUGUCAUUAUGGUCACCCCCAUUUGAGCUAGUUAACGAUAGAUAGAAACUUAAAGAAAUAAGAAUGCAGUUUAAUAUCCGUCUUUGCCAUCGGCCUAGUAAAAUAUAAUUUUUUUUUAUACAUGCGCUAUUUUCUCAAAGACUUUGGUGAAUAUAUGUGUGUCCAUAGCAUUUAUUAAAUGUUCUGCCUCUCUUUGAUAAAAGCAUGUUGGCAUCUUCUGCUUUCUAUUCUAAAAAGCUGGGUAUGUAAUUUAUUAUCGUGUAUCGUGCUAGUUGUUCAUGUAAAUCUGAUAACUGAACUGUGUAAAAAAAAAGAAAGUGCGAUGGCAUAAUUUUAGUUCACAUAAAUUUUCAGUUUGUUCAUGUAAUGCAGAAACCAAUAUUACUUGCAGUCAUUUCGUAGGACGGAGGUACGUUAAAAUAUAAACGCCACAGUUAUAAUAAAUAUGCUAUGUGAAAUGAUUAGAACAUCAGUGAAAGUGGGUUUUUAUUCCUAGUAGCAAUGUUCAAAUACAUUAAUUAGCAUAUUAUUUCCAAAUGAUCUCCAGUUUUGGAGAAUGUAUAAAAUGCUGUGCUAUCCAUAUUAUUAUGUAACAUAGAGUGGAAUAUGUAAACUUCUUUUGGGCAGCAGAUUGGCCGGACUGACGGCGUCCUCGUUCAAGCACCUGCUCUUACUGUUACCGGGGCGACAGAAUAACAUUGUACAUGGUAUUUUAACUGAUGAUUAUAGUAAUAACAUGUGUUAACAUCUAAAUAUUAAUAAGACAGAUGCCUCACAAAGCCAAACAAAACUCCCAUAAUCAACCAAAAUAUAACUUGCAUUAUUAAGUAUACAGGAAAGAAUAAAUACAUUCAUAAUUGUACAAUACAUUCUAUGAAAAAAAUGUAUAUAGAACUGAAAUAAAUAAAUAUAAGUGAUACACA